GGAAGAGGCGCGGAAGUUUUCGUGCCAUGCUGCGGUGUCAACAAUCAGCAUUGGCUUAACUGUGUGCAUUUUAACUUGUUCUUUUCACGCGUGAAAGUGUCUACUUAAUGUUUCGUGAUUGUCAUGUCGGGACGAUGUGUUGUUGAGACUUUGGCGGAGUUUGGCUUUUGGGCAACACCGAACACAUCAGGCAUUACGCAGGACUCUAGAGGGCAUGCGUUUAUCUACACUGGAACUGAGGAGGUCUAUAUAUUUAACCUAAAAGAUAAGAAACUCACGGGCAUCUUGCAGUUUCCCACUUCAGUUAAUGACUUGAUUCAGAGCGAGGACAAGCAGCAUCUCUUUGUGGCUUGCAGGAGUGCAGUUUAUGGCAUCAAAUUACCUCAUGAGCUGUUCAGAUUAUCCCCCAUUGACUCUUCAAGCCCAACUGAGCUCAAAAUAACUUCAGAUCACCUUGUUACAAGACAAGAGGGAGUGUUAUGUCUUCUUACAGUUGGGUCAGCACUGGUGACCCUAUCCCGAAGAGACACAUCCUGGUUUUUCACUGUGAACAAACCAAGAGAGAAACCUGGUGUCCUUGAAAUGCUUAGUUCAUUUAGUAUACCGGCAGUUUCAGAUAGAACAGAUGAGAGAAGACCUGUGAUGGAGUGUGUACAUUUGAGCGAUUCAUCAGCCUUAUCAGAAAGCCACUUGGAGCCUACACUUUUCAAACUUUUAUUUGGCAUCGACUCCGCCCUCAUCAAAUCUCCAGUUAUUUUAUGUGGCCUCCCAGAUGGACGUUUGUGCUCUCUGUCUCUGCGUCUCCCAGGAAUUCGAAUCAUUCACAGCCUAGAAGAGCCGGUGGUAUUUAUUGGAGAAUCUGUCGUCAUGGAAACGGAACCACCGUGCGCUCAGAGCUUAAUGGCUGUGGGUGAACAUGGCAGAGUGGUGGUCAUAAAGACAUGUGAAGGAGCCACAGAGGAGGACACCAGACAAGUUAGUUUCACCGAAGGUUGUGUGCCGGGAAAGGUUAUGUCAGCCUGUGUGGAUAAGAGAUGUCUGUAUCUAAGCACUGGUUCUGAUCUGCUGUCAAUCAACCUGGCAGAGGAGUCAACUGGGAAAAGUGGUCAAGAAUUGAUUGAGGAGAGAGCAAGGAUGAACAACAAUAGCCUUCCGAGUCCCACCAGUUUGAAUGUGUGUAGAGUCAUUGCUUUUACAAAACCUACAUGCAAAACUGCAGGGAAAGUUGAACUGCUCGGUUUGUCUGCCAAAGGGCAACUUCAGAGCAUUACACUUCCUGAAAAUGGAGGAGAUGGAGAAUCAUCAACACAACAGCAAACACAGGCGGGCCGCAGUGUGAAGGACCUCCUCUCUGCAAUUGGUGACAUUUGUGAAAGAGCAUCUAACUUAAAAACUUCCAUUAAAUCGAAAAACCAGAUUCUGCGACACCUAAACCAAGUAGUGAAUGUCAGCUUUCUCUUGUUGAAUAAAACUGAAGGAACUGUGGAGCAGCCAAUCAGAUGCCUCGCUACAGCCAAAUGGACCAGGUUGCUUCAAAAGGACUCAUUACACCUCACAUGUAUCCUGGAAAACAAUAGUCCUUAUUUGCUACAAGAAGGCUGGACUCUAAACCUCUCUGUCUAUCCUCUGUCAGAUUCCUCACAAGAGCAAAACGCAUCCACUAAUUAUUCUUUCCCGUUCUGCAAUCUCAAUCCGGGACAGACAUUUGAAGUGACAUUGCCUUUAACUGCAGCAGAUGAUAAGCUUUUCCCCAUAACAAUUAGCUGUGUGUUAGUUUUUUCACUUAAGGCUCUGUUUGAUGAGAAGCAGUUAGCAAGUCUAUUAAAAGGGCAAAAUAGUACCAUUAGCUUGCCAUUAAACACAUUGGCAGUGGACUGGUUACACGCACUACAGCUGACAACAUCUUUCAGUGAGAAAAAUAUAGCUAUUCACACCAGAGUCAACUCCUCAAUGAACAGUGUAGAAAGAUUUUUAAAGUCAAAAGGUAAAAGUAAGGUUAAAAAAGCGGACAACAAACCAUUUUCAGCUUGUGUAAAGAUAUCGCUGGAUUUGCUUAUACAUACUCUUGUGUCAAAAAACGCAAAUAAGGAGACAUCACCAACUCUCUGUGCUACGUUUCUGGAUUGGCUGUUGUCUGAGCCGCACAAAGGAGUGACAGGACACCAAUGGGAAAGAACACCAAACACUGCUGUGCUUCAUGCUCAAGGCCCAAAUGGACAGGUGGUUAAACUGAUCACAAAGGAGGUGAAUGUUGGAGUUGGAACAGAGACCAUGGAAGUUGUGGAGGUCCAGGUUGAGAGUCUUUUUUUGGCUGCAGUGUGUGGAUUACACCAUGCCAUCUUGGACAGGAUACAGACUCUGGUGAAGAGGGCACCCAAGACUACUUCUGCUUUGAGAGCAGAAACCUUAGACUUAAGACCAGAAUUUCUGCGGGCAGAGCGCUUGUUGCAGCAGGUCCAGGACAGUCGUGUCUCUGGGGUGGUUGGUGUGACCGUGUCUUCAGGCCAUGUGACACAGUCACUUCUGAAGGUGUACCAGGACCUGCGCCAACAUCCUCUGGUCAUAUUUUAAACCCACAAAGGACUUUGUGACUCUUAAGUGUUGCUCAAUGUUAUAAUGUUUUUAUCCUUUAAUACCUGACAUUUCAGCAAACAUAAAUGUAUGUUGCAUUGUAAAACAAUAAAUGAUCAGAUGUUGCACUAU